CCUAACUUGUCGCGGUCAGUUCAGUUCUUCAAGGCCAGUGUCCGGUUUUCUUAGUUUAGAAGUUACUGACUUAAGCUAUUGACGUCAAUGGAAAUGCAAUGAUUGACGAUGUAUAGUGAAUUCAGUAGCAACCCGGGAUCUUCUUCACAAACUACUGCUGUCAUCCAGGUUUUUGAAGAUAUCUCCUCGAAGAUACUUAAAAUACGUCUACUGGCAAAUGAGUUGGAAACGCUGAACAAAAGCAUAAGCAUAACAGGAAAUUCAAAGGCUCAAUCCGACCUUCUGUAUGCUUUUUGUUUUUUAAAUGUCUGUUGUAGUAAUAAAAGAGAAAAAGAUGCCCUGGAGCUAGUUGACGAUACCAAAAAUGUGUUCAUUAACCUUUCAAAGCAGCCUUUAUCGGAUCAGAUAACGAAAAUUCAUGUUGAGAAGCUCAAAGUUGACUUUCAGCGUGUGCUUCAUCGGUUUCAAAGAACUCAAGCUGAAAUCAAAAGGCGACUGCUUACUGAAAGUCGUCCAACUUCCUCAAUUGUUGGAGAUUUGAUUAAUUUGGAUUCAAGUGAUACUGAUGCAGGCCAGUUUAUUCAAGCACAAAUCUGCACCUCCCAAGAUUAUGAAGUUCAGGAAUUGGGACUAGCGUUAAAUCAGGAGGAUCAAAUGCGUUCUAUAGAGGAAGAUAUUGUGAAUGUAAAUGCAAUUUUUCAUCAACUUUCUGAAUUAGUAUAUGAACAACGCAGUGCUAUUGAUUCAAUUGAAGACAACAUCGAAGUAGCAUUAGCUAAUGAACAGUCUGGUCAUUCAGAGCUAGCAAAAGCUGCUAAUAGACGACAAAGAUCUCGAAGAUGUUGUUGCAUAUUCGUAGCUGUUUUAAUUGUGGCUAUUUUAAUUGUGAUAAUUAUCUUGGUGAUUGAAUAUCCUCCAAAGCGAACCCAGUAAUAAAAUACACCGUAUGGUUAUACAUAUAUCUAUCUAUCAGUAUCACGUAUAUUUUUUCUGUAUUAUAUAACUUACUAAGACAAUUGUUCUUUGUUAAGUCUUAUUCAUAAUCGUGUCAUCCGGUUCUAUUUAUUUAGUUUAUUUUAUAUACAUAGAUUUCUAUAUUAUUGACUAUAAUUCCUUUCCAAUAUCAUAUAAUUGAAUACUUUACAAAUAGCAAAAUCGAUAAAUAAUAUUCGAAAAACAGUUUUUUUCUUGUAAAAAAUCAUAUUUUUGUUUCAUUUUUAUUUUAUAAAUUAACGGAUAUAGAUGUUUUAUUCUUUUACACAUUCAUAGUAUAUCUUCUAUUUUUUAUUAUAUGUUUGUAUUUAUUUAGUACUCGUUUUCGUUUCCCCCCUCUCUCUCUCUCUUCCUCCCUCUUGUUUUAUUUCAACAUAUCUCCAUCUGAUUUUUUUUAUAAAGAAAAAAACUAUUUUCAACAAAAAAAAUUGAGAAAACUGAAAACAAUUAACAGAACUAACUGGAAUAAUAAUUUAUCAUUAAUAUUUAAUAAAAUAAAAAGAGAAUAAAUGGAAUAUCAUUUUAAAUGAUAAAAUAAAUAUACAUAUGUAUAAUUUCUUUUUAGUGUUGUUUUUCUUUCUUUUUUUCCUCUUUUUUUUGUUUCUCAUUCUGUCAAAAAUAUCUUGUAUCGAAUUCUAAUUUAUAAAUACAACAAUAAAGACAACAGUAAUAGUAAUUAUUAUUAAUAAUAAUGGUAAUAAUAAUGAGGAUAAUUUGUAAACAAUAAUAGUUAUUUUCAUGAUUAUUGUCAUCAUCAUUACCAUCAAUAAAAUCAUUAUGGUUAUUUUUUUUUAAAAAAAA